AUGGCUUCAAUGCACGUGAGUAGUUCUAUCGAAAGCUCGAAUAUCAAAUUCGUAAAUUUGAUUGAAAGAAUAUUAUCACUGACACAUACGAAACUAAGUGAUAAAAGAUUGAUAAAUUCAUGUCUCAAUGAUCUUAAUGAUAUUGAUUACAGACACAUUAGUAUAACUAAUAAUGAUGCUGUGUUAUUAUUGAUAAAUCAACUCUGUGCUAUUGUACCACCUACCGAAACACUUCUAGUUAAAAAUACUUGUCUAUUCCUAGCUAAUGUAAUACAAAACGAUCUUGUAUUCCAAGGAAGAACAUUUGCUGCUUGUACACGAUGGAUUUUAGAUGCGUUAAAAUUUUCUCAACCCUUCGCUUGGAUUUCUAUUCUUCUUGCUUUAAAAAGUGUCUUAGUUACCGGCAAUUUUGAUAAUAUUAAUCAAUAUCUUCAAUCUUUACUUGGAGAUAAAGGUUUAUUGAAUAAGUACUUAAUACCUCAAAAUGAAGAAUGGACAGAUUUAAAUUUACAAGCAAUAUGUUGCUUAGAAGGAAUUUUGAUAAAUAAGAAAAGUAAUACAUAUAUAUCACAAGAAUACAUAUGUAUAAUUAAGGACGUUGUUUUGAAUGCAGUGUCAUUGUUACCAUGUUCAAAUCAUAAUAUACAAUGUUAUAGUAAAAUUCUAUGUUUAUGUUUAAGAAUUUUACGUACCGCAAUAAUAGAUAAAUUGAUACCAGUUUCAUCAGAUCUCAUAGGUGAAAUCUUAGGAGUAGUACAGGCUUUCUUAUUUUAUGGAAUUAAAGAUUAUUUACCUAUACAACCACAACUUCUCCGUCCAGCAGCAAUGAAUCUUCCAGAACGACCACAUGUUGUACCAAAAUGCAAGAAUCAGAAAGUACCCAAAUCAAAAUCCAAGAAGCAAAUGUCUAAAAAAUCUAUGUCAGAAGAUAAACGUAUUAUUAGUCCAGAAAAUAAAAGGAUUUAUAAAUACUCUAGCGAAUCUGAAAUAUCAGAUACUGAAACAAAUGAUUCUGUUCUGGCGGAUUCUAAAGUUAGACUCGAAGCUGUACAUUUAUUGCAAGCGCUCAUAGAAAAUACUCAAGCUCGAGAAAUUUUUGGUUAUUGGCCUCAAAUAGUUGCGACUGGUUCGCGAAACGAUGCUAGAGUAUUAGCUAGGAGUAUUUUAAAAGAACCUAAUACAAAAGUGCGACAAAAUGUCUUAAGUGCACUUACUGAAUUAUUAAUUGGUGCUAGACCUUUUUUAAUACAUGCUGAAGAUGUUCAGCCAACAUCGUUUAUAACUUUCUUUGGUACAGUUUAUCUAAUGGUAAAAGAAUUGCAUUUUACAUUAUCCUUAGUUUUAAAUACUGAAAAGAAUGCAGCUGUUUUGACUCAUUUAUUAAAAUGCAUAGCAGCACUUAUUCAAGGUACACCAUAUGCUAAAUUAAAACCUGGACUUGCAACAAAAUUAAUUAGAAAUUGUAGAUCACAUAUACAACACAAAGAUCCUACUGUAAAGGUUGCGACGUUCUUAGUUUUCGAAGGAUUAGUUUGGAACGAUCCUAUUACUCCAGAAAUAUUCGAGAUUCUCGCGAAACAAUCGAACGUUAACUCUGACUCACCAGAAGCAAAUACAAGUUCGAUCAAUGACAUAACAACUCAAGAAGAAGAAAUAGAUAUUGAAGAUUUGAAUGAUAGUAAAAUUGAAAGUGAUAAUCAAGAUAAUCUUUCUAAAGACAAAGGCAUCAGCUCUUUACUUCAAGUAUGCUUGAACAAUGUAUCAAACAAGUGUACAAGUACUCCAGUCCAACUUCAAUCUUUAAAACUAAUUGGCUCAUUAGCAUUUAACACUAGAGAUCUUGUAUUUCCUUAUUUGGAGAGAGUUACCACUACUUUAAUUUCUGUAUUAGCAGAUUCUGAAACACAAAUUAUAUUACAUUCUUGUAGAGCACUUGAAAUAAUAGCAGGUUGUCUAGCAAAUACCGAUUCAAGUCAUAAUUCUUUAUUAUUUUGGAAUAUUGUAUUCGAACCUAUGACGUUACUCGCUCAACACGAACAAACUAUAUUAAGAGAAGCUGCUUGUGAUUGUUUAGGCACCAUUGGUUCAAAUAUGUUCACUCAGUUAACGCGUCAACAAAAUGUGUUACUUAAAACGAUAUUAAUAGGUAGUAUUCACGAUGAUGAAAGUGCUGUAAGAGCAGCAGGUUUAAGAGCAUUAGGAAUGUUAAUAACACUUCCUCCAUUAGAAGAAGACACAGGUUUUUUAAUGGAUUUAGCAGAUAUAGUUUGCUUUGGUUUAGAUGAUCAAAAUCUUGGGGUACGCAUAAAAGCAACAUGGGCAUUAGCAAAUUUAUGUGAUUGUCUUUCUAGGCGAACAUGUAAUGAAGAUAUGGAGCCUAUUCCGUUCGACAUUUUAUUACCAAAACUGUAUCAAACAAGUGUUAGAGCUGCUAAAGAUAAUGAUAAAGUAAAGUGUAAUGCUGUUAGAGCUUUGGGAAGUAUAUUGUAUUUAUGUCCAGAUAGAGAAAUAUUGAAAGAUACGUCUUCAGGAUUGGAUGCUUUAAUUAAUUGUGCUGUAUUAGGAAAUGAUAUGAAAGUAAGAUGGAAUGCUUGUAGAGCAUUAGGAUUAGUUUUGUCCCAUAAUCCGGAUGAUGUUUUGCCAUCAUCUUGGCAAGAACAAGUCUUUCCAGCAUUGUGCAAUUUAAUAUGUCAUAGUCCUAAUUUUAAGGUUCGCACAAAUGCAGCAUGGGCAUUAUAUUCGUGUAAAUCGUAUGGUAAAUACACUCCAACUUUAUGGAAAAGUAUAGUUUUAGCUUUCGAAAAUUGUCAACAUGUGCCAAGUUACGUCGAAUAUUCUCAUCGUGAUACGCUUGUCCAACAGUUGUGCCUUACACUCAGUCAUUUAGCAGCUCAUACGAAAGUAUCGGAAUUACAAAAUGUUUGGGUAGAGAUUGGUGAUCAUAUUGAAAAUAUUUCUAAUUAUAUUAAAAAGUUUCAGGAAAACAUAUUGCCAGAAAAAGUUGGAAAUUUAAUAGAAGCUAAAGCACAUUUAGAAAAAUGUGUUAAAACUGCCAAAUCAUCGCAAGAGCAACGAAUUGCUAAUAUCUUAGCAAAUUUAUUUGAUAGAACAAGUCAUUAUGAUAAUUUAGAUAGUUUAAGUAUAAUGUGAUUAUAAAGUAUAGAAAGAAUUGAUGCAUUUAUAUUUAAUAAUUAAUAUACCAUUAAACGAUCAUUCGUUCUGUAAUUUAAUUUAUAAUCAAACUAAA